ACCAUUACCAAACCAACACCGAAAGCUUUACUUAUAAUGUGUCUCUUCCCUACCCUGUUCCUCCUUCUUCCCCCGUAAAUCUUCCGACCAAUAUUCCAUUGCUCUCUCUAAGCUCUACCUCGUGACUUCGAUUCAGUAGUGUAUCUCAGGAAGACUUGGAAGGCCGAUCGAGGCAUCGGAGUUGUCUCAGAUCGAGGCCUGCGAGGCUCUUCCUGAUCCCUCCCCAUGGCCCCUCAGUGGCUGUUGGUCUGGGUAAUGGCGUCCUUUCUCCAUGGGAAUGCAAUGCCGAUCACAUUUUCUGCCAGGCUGAUUCAUCGUUUCUCUGAAGAAAUGAAGGCGCUCCAGGUUUCGAGUGUUGGCGGUCGUAAUGUGGCCGGUGGCUGGCCGGAGAAGAGGAGUAUGGAAUAUUAUGAGAUGCUUGUUACCGGCGACUUUCUCAGGCACAAGAUGAAGCUUCGAGCACCGCAUCAGUUACUUUUCCCCUCUCAUGGCAGCAAGACGAUGUCGCUUGGAAACGACUUUGGCUGGUUACAUUACACAUGGAUUGAUAUAGGGACGCCAAGUACUUCAUUCCUUGUAGCUCUGGAUGCUGGGAGUGAUCUACUUUGGGUUCCAUGUGAUUGCAUACAGUGUGCUCCUCUAUCUGCAAGUAACUAUGCCAAUCUGGAUAAAGACCUGAAUGAGUAUAGUCCAUCUCGAUCAACAUCUAGCAAGAAUCUAUCUUGCAGCCAUCAGUUAUGUGAGAUGGGUUCUGACUGUAAAAGUUCCAGGCAGCUGUGUCCUUACACUGUCAAUUACGUCUCAGAGAAUACAUCAAGUUCCGGAUUGUUGGUAGAGGACAUAUUGCAUCUUGCGUCAAGUGGUGAUGGUGAAUCCAACUCAACAGUUCAGGCUUCUGUCAUUAUAGGGUGUGGUAUGAAGCAAAGUGGUGGUUAUUUAGAUGGGGUUGCUCCAGAUGGUCUUAUGGGUUUGGGAACAGGGGAAAUUUCAGUUCCAAGCUUGCUUGCCAAAUCAGGAUUAAUCCAUAAUUCUUUCUCAAUGUGCUUUGACGAUGAUGAUUCUGGUAGAAUAUUCUUUGGAGACCAGGGAUCAGCCAUCCAACAGUCUACUCCGUUCUUGCCAUUGGACGGAAUAUAUCCAACAUAUGUCAUUGGAGUGGAGGCAUGUUGUGUCAAGGAUUCAUAUCUUAAGAUGACAAGCUUCAAAGCACAGGUUGACAGCGGAACAUCAUUUACAUUUCUUCCGGGCCAUGUGUAUGAUGCAAUUACUGAGGAGUUUGACCACCAAGUGAAUGCUUCGAGAUCUACCUUUGAAGGAUCCCCUUGGGACUAUUGCUAUGCUUCUAGUUCACCUGAGUUGCCCAAGGUUCCCUCCCUCACAUUUACGUUCCAACAGAAUAGCAGCUUUGUGAUCCAUAAUCCCGUAUUUGUAUUUUAUGACGAUCAGGGAGUUAUUGGAUUUUGUUUAGCCAUACAGCCAACGGAUGGAGAUAUGGGAACAAUUGGACAGAACUUCAUGACAGGCUACAGGCUGGUAUUUGAUAGGGAAAACAUGAAGCUGUCCUGGUCGCAGUCAAGUUGUGAGGAUCUUGCUGGUAAGAACAUGCCCCCGUCUCCAAAUAAGACACCACCAAAACCCUUGCCGACAAAUGAGCAGCAGAGAACCAAUGGGCACGCAGUCGCUCCAGCUGUUGCUGGAAGAGCUCCCCACAAACCAUCAACUGCUUCAUCUUUGAUGAUGUCAUGCCAACGACAACAUUGGCACAUUUGCUUGUUUCUUCUUCUUCAACUUGUAGUAGCCUCUUCAAGGCUUUAAAGUUAUCCUGUUACGGCCGCAUGCAUUUUAUAUUGUCUAGGUAGUGUUACAUGUAUAUCCAUUUUGUCCCCACUUUUUGGCCCCUAGUUCUGUAAGUAUCUUAGAUGUUUUUAUCAUCUGAUGCUGCUAUUUUUACCCUACCAGGCAUUAGAUUGAUCCCAGCUAGCGAAGGAUCAUAUUUUUUAAAUUUCCUCCCUUGAUGAGGAUGAGGCUGUAUAAUUUUAUUGUUUGGUUUUUAUCCUUCUUCUGUCU